UCUUCUGCGCAGCUCGCCUCGCCUCCGCCUCCACCUCCCCACCUCUCUCGCCCGGCCCCGUCUCAUCUCCUCUCACCUAGGGCACCCGCGCCGCCUCGCCGCCGCCGAUCCAGGCGCCGUCGAUCCCCGCCGCUCCGAUCGCCCGAGUUGAAUAAAAGGUUGCUCGAUUGUUGGUAAUCUACUUUACAGUUGGCUCCAAGCAUGGAAAACCUACCAAAUGGCUCAGCAAAUAUUGCUGAGCAUAACCAGGAAAACGAGAAGUCCAUAGAUGCUAGUGAGCCUGAAGAAGUACCAGAUGUUUUUGUUUACAGAGAAGACAUUGUCAGCUUGAAGUCCAAGGAAGAUGCCCGUGGAUUAGUGCUGGAGGUAGCUGGGGAAUAUGAUUCUGAAGGUAGCAUCACUGACGAUGAUGAGUCUGAACCUGAGGUGCGUGAACGUAAGGCUUCUUGUGGGGCUGAAAAUGGUGGUGCUGAUGGUGAUGAUGCCAGUAAUGGAGCUGAAGUUGGCAGCCAGAGUUCUUUGCCGGAUAACAAAGUUCGUGUGUUAUGGAUAGACGGUAGUGAAAAGACAGAAGAUAUUGACGAUGUAGUUGUAGUUGACAGAAGUUUCCUUCAUGGAGAUUUAGUUGCUUCUGCUUCGGAUCCAACUGGUCAGAUGGGGCUUGUUGUGGAUGUCGAUCUUGUGGUUGACUUGCAAGGUCCCAAUGGAGAUAUGAUAAAGGGUGUAUCCUCUAAGGAUUUGAGACGAAUCAGGGAAUUCCAUGUGGGUGAUUAUGUCGUCUCAGGUCAAUGGCUUGGUCGAGUUGAUGAAGUGCUAGAUAAUGUUAAUGUGUUGUUUGAUGAUGGCUCUGUCUGUAAAGUCAACAGGGCAGAUCCUAUGCGCCUAAAGCCAGUUUCAAGCCCAAUGCACCCGGAUACAUCUUGUCCCUUUUAUCCAGGACAGCGUGUGAAGGCAGUGUCAUCAUCUGUUUUCAAAACAUCAAGGUGGCUUAAUGGAUUGUGGAAAGCAAGUCGUCUUGAAGGUACUGUGACAAAAGUGGAGAGCGUUACUGUUGUAGUCUACUGGAUUGCAUCUGCACACUUUGCAGAUCAGGAAUCUGUUCCUCCAGAGGAGCAGAACCCAAAGGACCUGACUCUUUUAUCUUGUUUCUCAUACGCCGGCUGGCAAUUAACUGAUUGGUGCCUCCCUUACCGAUACACAUCGUGUUCUGGUGAUGCUGUAACUGAAAACUCAGAGACAAAAGGGCCAAACUCUGAUGAGCAUACAGGAAACAAGUGUACAUGCUCAGAAAUUGCAACUCUACUGUCUGAUAUUCCUGAAUCUCAAGCUGAUUGUCAGACUGAACAAGAUCAAAGGACUGAUACAGAUGCAAAUUGUAGGCCCACAGAUGUUGAUUCUUCUGCUGAUGGAAUGAGUGUGUCAGAUGGAGAUAAUUCUUGUGUAGCCAAAGAAUCCGAAUCAGGAACUAGUUUAUCAGCCAUCCCAAAGGAGAGCUCACAGGACUAUAGAAAAAAGUUUAGGAAAGUGUUUCUAAAGAAAGACAAAAGAACAAAAAGAAGAGAUGAGAGCUUUGAGCGAGCUCUACUCAUAGCAAAUACAUAUACCAAAGUCGAUGUAAUCUGGCAGGAUGGGACAAAGGAAUGUGGAGUAACGUCAACAUCAUUGAUUCCUAUCCACAGUCCAAAUGACCAUGAAUUCUUCCCAGAGCAAUAUGUUGUCGACAAAGUCACAAAUGAUGUUGAUGAUUCUUCUGAACCAAAGCGUAUGGGUCUUGUUAGAAGUGUUAAUGCCAAGGAUCGAACUGCAUCUGUAUCAUGGUUUAAGCCUUCUCUACACCCAGAGGAUCCGAAGGAGAUUGAGUGUAAUGAAAUUGUGAGUGCAUAUGAACUGGAUGGCCAUCCAGAUUAUGAUUAUUGCUAUGGAGAUGUUGUUGUCCGGUUGCCAUCUGUUUCACCUCUGAUUGAAUCAACCAAUAGUGAGGACAAAAUGGAACUGGAUAAGAAGGUAGAUUCAUCAGAAGGAUUGGCUGCUUCAAAUGUGGCACCCCAUGAUGCUAGUGCAGAUGAACAAGUUUCACAGCAGGAACCUUGUUCGAAAUUUACAAGCCUUUCAUGGGCUGGAAAUAUAGUUGGAUUUCAAGAUGGUGAGAUUGAAGUCAUUUGGGGUGAUGGAUCGACUUCAAAGGUUGGACCUCAUGAAAUAUAUGUUGUUGGUCGUGAAGAUGAUGGUGCCUCGCUAGAUGAUGGAACUGCCUCUGACGGUGCUAGCUGGGAGACUGUCGAUGACAAUGAAAUGGAUUUACUUGAUAAUUCUGCAAAGGAUGAUUCACAAAAUGUACCUGAGAAUAGCAUUGAAAGGGAAAACGGUUCAUUCAGUUCCCAGGAUGGUAGUUCUGUUGCAACUGGUCCCCUUUCUGUUGCUUUUGGCUUUAUGACCCGACUGGCGAGUGAUCUCUUUGCUCGAGGUAGAAGGCAUUUAGAUGGGUCAAACUCAGAUGAAGUUGAGUCUCAUCAUUCUAAUGAGGUUUCAGAAACUGGUGAUGACAUUAAUGAGGAGAAUCAUGUCGAAAUGGCCGAGCAUACCACAGAUACAGCAAAUGAUUCUUCUGCUGAGAAGUCUAUAGAUGUGAUUAUGGCUGACAAUCCUGAAGAUUCGGAAUGCUUCAAGCACUUCGAUGUUCUGCAAUGUCCUCCAGACCACCAUUACCUUGAAAACACAGCACAGGGUACGGGUGGAAGAAAGUGGGUAAAGAAAGUACAGCAGGAAUGGGGCAUACUUGAGAAGAACCUACCAGACUACAUUUACGUCAGGGUAUUUGAGGAUCGCAUGGAUCUCAUGAGAGCUGUGAUUAUUGGAGCGAGUGGAACACCCUACCAAGAUGGCCUGUUCUUCUUUGAUUUCCACCUUCCACCUGAGUACCCGCAAGUUCCUCCGUCAGCAUACUAUCAUUCUGGUGGUUUGCGUGUAAACCCAAACCUGUAUGUGGACGGGAAGGUUUGCUUAAGUCUCUUAAAUACUUGGACUGGCAGAGGGAAUGAAGUAUGGGAUCCAUCAUCAUCAAGUAUUCUCCAAGUACUAGUUUCACUUCAGGGAUUGGUUCUCAAUGAAAAGCCCUAUUUUAAUGAGGCUGGGUAUGAGAAGCAAGUUGGUACUGUUGAAGGGGAGAAGAAUGCAGUGCCCUAUAAUGAGAACACGUACCUGCUGAGCUUGAAAUCCAUGCUAUAUAUCUUGAGACGGCCUCCUAUGCACUUUGAGGAUUUUGUGAAGAGCCACUUCCAGAAGCGCGGUCACUACAUCCUUAAAGCUUGUGAGGCCUAUUUGCAAGGGAAUGUGGUUGGCACGCUUACUGAUGACGCUUGCACCACUGACAGAAGCAAGGAGCACUCUAGCUCCGUUGGCUUCAAGCUCGCAUUAGCAAAGAUUUUACCAAGGUUGAUCACAGCCCUGAAGGAAACUGGAGCUGACUGCGACCAAUACGAGCACCUCGGAAAAACAGAAACUGUUCGAGAAAGCUGAUCUCACCCAUAGUGGCUUGUACUGGGAUCCUUCUGGUUUUUUUUUUCUUUUGGUUUCAGAAAGAUGGUGUCUCCACCACCCACCAGGGCUGUUCCCGUAUAAAUGUACAUUCAACAUUUGUUGUUUUAAUUUGGACAUUUGGAAAAUGUGGCUCCAAAUGAGUUAUUCGGAACAUGGAACUGAGCUACCCUGUAUAGUUAAUGUUUUUGUUAAGCUUGCAGGGUUAUCAGGGUAGCAUGUGAUGGAAGCAGGACUAGGCAAACGGGUGUUGUUUUUGGUUUCACGAAUUCACACUUGUACAAGAAAAUUGCCUGGCAAUUCCAUGUGUUAUUUGAUAUGAAAGAAGAGUUGAGGGAA